GCUAGGUCUACCCGUUUUGCGAUUGUGAUUGUACAUAUAUAAACACAGUCCGGUGGGUUUGACGGUUCCAAUAGCACUUUUGAUUUCACAGCCGAUACACAAAAACAAAUCACUAAACGCACACGAGAUGAAGUCCGUCGCGUUAAUAGUCUUACAGCUAACCGCCAUGAGCUUGGGCCAGAGGUUUGGCAAAAUCCACAGGACGCCCGCCGGAGUUCAAGCCAACGACCUCGCAGCCAGGCAACAAGCGGCAUACCAACAGCAGCAGGGCCAAUUAGCGGUGGCCCCCGCCGCAGAUCCUUAUUCGCAAGCCGCCGUUGACCAGCAGUACUAUUAUCCCCAGGCCAAACAGCAGAACAACAACAAUUAUCUGCAACAGGAACAACAACUGAGAUUGCAACUGCAACAGGCACAGCUCCAACAAUUGCAACAACUCCAACUGCAGCAGAGACUGCCGCAACAACCGCCGCAACAGUACCAAUUCGGACAACAGGCGCAGGCGCCCGAUGCCGACCAGCAGUUCUCGCGGGAGUAUCUCCAAGGGUUGCACGUCCAACAGUUGCAACAGUUGCAGGCCCAGCAACAGGAACAGCAGCUUUUGUCGGCGCAACAGCAACGCUACCAGCAGAAGCCUUUGUUUCAGCCGGCUCCGGGACCUCAAGUGUACGAGACGCCCGAGAACAACAAUCAGCUGAGCGCAGCAGCAGCGUACACGGCCAAUCCAACCGAAAUCCAACAGACCGUGCCGUCCAAGGCCGCGGCUCUCCAACAGACUCAGAAUCCCUUGGGAGUACUUUACUCGUCGGCCGCCGAUACGUCCAGGUUUCAGUUUUCCGGUAACGGCAUAAGCUAUUCGUUCUGACGACCGCGUUAACAAUGUCCGUGACGUUUUAUUAUUAUUACUAUUAUUAUUAUUAUUAUUGUUUAUUUUUGUUAUAAAUUAAAAAAAAAAAAAAUUGUUUGUGCAUUUGUUUGUAAUAUAAUUAAUAUGAUUGAGACGUCUAGUUUCAAAAAAACC